CAUUCAGAGCUCAAGGAAGCGUGAUUGGCGGAAAGGCGCGUGCAACCUCUCCAAGAGAAGUUCAAUGUGUGCCAACAGCAGCAGUGGAAGAGCAACUAAGCUUUGGCGGGAGAGAAUACAAGAGUGGACCUAUCAACACUGACGUUCCGCCCACUGUCUCUCCAACGUUGGGGCGUGUUGUGUGUGGGAUAUUAACCGGGAUACUUGGAUUCGACAACUGACUAGUAAUGUUGUGAGUUACUCGCACGAGCAAAGUGAGAACUGGAUUGUUUACCCGGCGUGUCCUAGACGUCUGGAAAGAAAAGGACCCAAAAGAGAGCAUGCCAGAUUGGAGUAUUGGCCAAUCAUUGGAGAUAGAAAUCAAAGUUAGUUACCCAAGAUGGAUCGAACACCAAUGUCGGAACGCCAACAACUGGCUUUGAUCAAGCAGUUGGAAAAGUCUACGGGAGGGGCAUCAGAUGAUGGCUUUCAACACACCUCGCCAUCCCGAACGCCUCUUCAGGUGGUGAAUAAUGCUAAUUGCAACAAUUCGCCGCUUCCUUCCAACCAAAUUGGUACUCCAUUGCAAGGCUCAAGUCCGAUGUCGAUAUCGCCUGGAACAGCCGAAUCCAGUCCCAAGACCCCUUUGGAGGACAGGAUUCAAAGGCGUCUCUACCGCAGGAAUGGCAAGGGUGAAACCCAACUGCACAGAGGAGCUAUUAAAGGGAACCUAAUGCAAUGCAAGAAGCUUUUGAACCUCGGGAUUGAUCCCAAUGUGACUGAUAACGCGGGUUACACGCCUCUUCAUGAAGCUUGCAAUCGUGGCAGUGAGCCUAUUGUGAGACUUCUUUUGAGAAAUGGCGCCAACAUCAAUGUUCUUGGUGGCGUAGGGGAGCAACGGGAAACGCCACUUCACGACGCCGCCCGCAACGGACAUAUCGCCGUGGUGAAGUUGUUGGUGUCUAACGGAGCAAACCUUGCGGCCAAGCGGGAGAAUAGCGGGCAAACGCCUUUGGAUGAGGCCAAAAAUAGCCGUACCAAGAAUCCACAUAUCCACGAAGUCAUCCAAUAUCUCACCGAGCGACAGGAAAAUUCAAAUUCUCAAAUUGAACAGCCUGAACAGACUCCUUCGGACACAGAGAGCGUAAGUGAGGAAGUAGACAUCAUCAAAGACUUCACUCCUCUGGAUUCGUUACCAGUGGCCGCAGAGUCUAGCAUCGACUUUGAGAGAACCGAAUUGUCCACUAAAUCUGUAAUUUUAACCAUGGAAGAGAAGCCCCCAAAUCAUGAAGCCAAUCAUGUCACCAACCCUAGUAGUAACCCCAAUGCUCCCGAGGUUCAAGCAAGCACAGCCCACUCCACCUCGACGCCAGGCCCCACCACGCCCAAGGCAGAGGAUGUUUACGAGUUCAAGGGUGGGAAUAACAAAGAAAUUGGAGCCUCUUCGAAUACAGAAGUGGCCCCGGGUUCAGAGACCAAAAAGGAAAAUUUGGCCGCAUCAAGUAGUUUAGGUUCGGUUGCUCCUCCGCCCGUGAAGGAUGACAACAAAUCUAAAUCUGAGAAAAGGAGUUCGGAAGUUUCCUACGACGAUGAAGAAGAAGCCAAAAGGAAGAAGCGAAAAGAAGAAGUUAAUGCUGGUUCCAUGUCCAAAGUGAGCGGCCGUGGGACUCGUGGCAAUUCUGCUGAGAAAUCCACUGGGAUGAAGCCCGGUGGUAAAGGGCGCUUACUGAAUGCAGAUCGGAAAAGCCCAAACUCCUUUCCCAACUCGGCUGCGAACAGCCCCAAGAAGAUCAACGAGCAAAGUGACAGCGAUGACGACAACAAUUCGAAGAAGAGCACAGACUCGUCCGGCUUGAAAGUUCCACCCUUGAAAAUCGUGUUGUCUGGUAGCACUGGCAAUAACAGAGGUAAUAACAGCAGUGGCAAUUCUCCGGGGUCCUCUGCUCAAGCCCUGGCCCAAGAACAGGCUGAUAAGAACUCUCGUGGGAUUUGCAACAAACCGUAUGUAGUACGAGAGGAAGAAGACACUUCGAAAGGGGACGAUAAAUCAAGCGAGGGAAAUCAAGGGGGAGCGUCCUCCAAGGGCGGAAAAGACGAUGAGGGUAAUGGGAAAGGCUCGGGCAGUCGGAUGACACGAAGUCGAGCCAAUCAAGGCACUCCUGGACCCGAUUCCAAUGAUGUGCAGGGUAACUCUUCGGAAUCGAGCUCAACCAGCGCGCAGGAAACGGGAGGAGCCCAAUCCACCUCAGAGUAUCACGUUAGGAAACGAAAACUGAGGUCACAAGUGGAGGAUGGGGCCAAUUCUCACCAAGCCGGGGGUAGUGGUGCAUCGGGCAAUUCCAAGACGAAUGAGCCCCUAAACGAUAUCGAAAAGUACCUGAACAUUCGCAAGGCUAUUGAGCAAAGGCGCAAGAACUGCUUCCCCGUCCAACCUAAACCACCUCAAGGCUACGAGGAUUACUUGAUGAAUCGAAAGACGUACUUGCUUCAGGGUAACGCCAAUGCUCGGUUAGCAUCCAUGCCUAAAUUGAAACCGCCACCAUCAUUGAAAGGUGAGCUGGCCGAGCUUUUCAAGAAGCAAGAGGAAGAACGAUAUAAGCUUCGUUGCCAACACAUAGUAGAGAAAGAGAAGCUCGUCUUGAAUGUAGAAUAUGAGAUCCUACGAACUCAUGGCAGAGCCGCCCGCGCGCUUGCCAACCAAUCUCAUCCCUUCAGUGUGUGCACUAUGCUCAAAGAUGAAGAGAUCUACAACACUAUUGAUCCGAGGCAAGACGAAGAGAAACGCGAUAUCCGAUCAAGAUAUAAUGGUCGAUUGUUUUUGUCUUGGUGCCAGGAUGUGGAUGACAAGUGGGAAAAGAUUAAGGAGCAAGUAGUCCUUCGACAUCAUAAUGAGGCAGAAUCGCUGAAUGCUGUCCAGAAAUGUGAUUGGCACGAUAAAGUGUGCGAAAUGAAAGGCGUCAACCCGGACGAUGUGCCCAUACAGAUCGAUGAUCUUGUGAUACCCAUGGUCCAUGUAUCCGACGAUUUCGAUUUGUCGGACUCGAGAUGAAUUCGUCGGAUUCAUUCAUAAUUGUCAUAUUCAGAUUCAACCCAUGCCUAGAAACUAUGGUUAGUUUCGUGGUCGAACGCCGAGAAUUCGUACCAUUCCUACCUAAUCCUUACUCCUGAAGUAAAAGAAACUGGAACAAAAAUAGAAGCAGUCCUCUUCAGUUAA